CGGUAUAUGAUGACAUACCCCGUAUCAUGUCCGCUCUCGCCGCUCGCGGAAUAAAGACCUACAUUUACUCCUCCGGCUCCAUCCCAGCCCAAAAACUCCUCUUCGGACACUCGACCCAAGGGGACAUGACAUCCCAAAUCAGCGGCUGGUUCGAUCUCUCCUCAGGUCUCAAAAUUGCAUCCGAAUCCUACACCAAAAUCGUCGCGGAAAUCGGAGUGGAGGCGGGGGAUGUUUUGUUCCUCUCUGAUAUCGUUAAAGAAUUGGAAGCGGCGCAGAGGGCUGGGGUACAGGUGGGUCUGAGUGUGAGGGAGGGGAAUGAGGAGGUGACCGAGGAGGUUAAGAAGAAGUACAGGGUGUUGGAGAAUGGUUUUGAUCCCAUUUUGGAGUGGUAGUGCAAGGAGAGGGGUGUGAGUGAAGCGAUAUGAACGUCGCCAUUUCUAAGAUAAAAGAAUAACAAAAUGCAAGAAUAGAAACCGUUUGCUCACGUCCC